UCUAGCCCUGCGGAAGCUAGAGCUCUUCAGGGUCCAUAACCUUCGCCGCCUCGUCCCUUGCUCACGUACCCUCGUCGAGGUGUACAUCAGGCCACACGUCCCGCUUGAAGAGGUAUCUUUCCGUGGAACACCUAACCUUGAGAACAUUGUGCUCUUAUAUGCCGACAUAUGGCGGCUAAAAAAUGUCCCGACAUCUUUGUAAAAGAUGCCCUUCCUCCUAAGGUCCGAAAGGUUGCUCUCACGCUUCCAAUGCUGCACUCGCCCAACUUUGUGAUUACGCCUAAGAGGCCAGUAUCCAUCAUUACAACACUUAUCCUCAACAUGAAAUUUAGUGAUGGUGAAGAACUGAGGAAGGCUGCCAACAUGUUAGGCUUGUUCCCCUGUUUGCAAGUUCUUCAGAUUUGGUGCCUCGCCUUUGAAUGGACGGAUAAACAUGCGUUUGGACAGUGGCAACCAGCAGCCGAUACAAUUACCUGCCUAAAUGAGCGUCUCAAAUACGUGGAGCUUCAUGGGUAUUAUGGCACUACAGGGGAGGUGCAAUUUGCAGGUUUCCUCAUGGCCGGAGCAAAAGCUCUGAGGGCCAUGCAUGCAAAUACUGCACGGUAGUAAAAUUGAGGGAUGAGCGUAUCAACACCAUGAAAAGUUUAAUACUGAAAGGCGGCAAAGCCUCGCCGGAAGCUCAGCUUGGCUUUGCAUGGAGGAGCGACAUACCUACUGUUCGGCUGGACCUUGAGAGUUACCUGCGCGGAGUUCGUAUUAUUUGAUUGCAGGAAUUGCAUGUAUUCCAUACUUUACGGUAUGAACUGGUUAAUCGCAUGUGUGUUUUAAUUGAUUCAGUCAUGUUAUAUGCAAUAAUAAUUUUGAAGUGUUUCAGUUCAUAUUGAAGGAAAAGGAUGGUUAAUGAUGAGAACUGGCCUCAUGCCAGUAUUUGCAGAGAAUGGCAUGUCAAUGCCGGCGUCGUAUCUUAUGAACACGCACACAGGGAUGCGGUGAGUAGCAAAAACAAGCAAGGGAUGAAUCUACCUGCAGGAGCGAGACUACGGCGGAGACACCAUGGCAUUGCGUCGUCUCGUCAAAUUAUCAACUUGGCAGAAAAUUGUCUACCAUGGGAAAAAAUUGGAUUUUUAUGAAUUUUUCUAGUAUUUGUUUUGAAUUUUUUUCUAACCGCGUGCAUAUGAGCCUGGGCACCGAAUCCCUUGGCCAAGGCGUAUUCAGGUAACAGAAAAUCAAACCAGCUAAGGGAAUUUGCAUGGGAUUAUAUACAGGCUAACAAAUUACGGAGAUCGGGAACGACGAAGGUUUGUUUCUUUCUAUCUCCACAAGUAGACCGGUGAGAUGGAAAUUUAAGUCCCUUCUAUUUAAUGCCGAUGACUCUGACGGCGGGCUUGUGGACUUGCAACAUGAUGAGGCUGUUGUUGCGAAGAGUGACACCCGUGCCAAGAAAAACAUCCAACCGAGUCCGAGAGGGCGACCAUGACACGGA